GUUUGCGUAGGCGUAAGAACACGUCGUAUAUUUUUAGCUUUUAAUCAAGCUAAAACGCGGGUGUUUAUCGUCUCAAAAUCUAUACUAAUAUAAUAUUUUAGCUUCGCUUCGUUCCAUUAAAGUGUAAAUAAGCUAAACAGAAUGGGCGAUGAAACGGACCCGUGUGAAUGCAUUUGGAACAAUGAACUAAUGAUGCGGCGGAUAAUUUCGAUGCUUCGUCACGGUCAGUCUUACUGCACAGACAAUGACUGCCUCGAACCACGGACAGGGUCGGGGCCGGCGGCCCAGUCGGACGCUGACGGCUUUCUCAUAAUGUUCCUGAUGUUGGCUGUGGCCUUUGUCAUGUACAUAAUGCGCCCCAGGCGCAACCAGAUACAGGAUGCGGCGAAACCUACCGCCAACCCUCAAGAUCGUGAUGGGGCUCCACCAACACCACCAAGAAUUUAAUAUGCGUCCCAAUUACCGACGUCGUUCUUCAUCAAAGGUUCACAGCUGCGAAAAAACUCGAAUCCCGUAUGUAUGUUAGAAUAAUUGUUAAAUGCAUAGCAAAAAUAAAAUAUAAAUUAAUAUUUCAUUAGGAUCAAUUUUAUGGCCAGCGUAGACAGAGCGACACUGCGAAGGCAUGCUCGAGCUCCUUUUCCAGGAUUAAACUUAUAUCGUCCUUAUGCAAUUCAAAUAGAGUUGUAAAUGGUUUGCACGGUUAAAGCAAGCCAACGAAGAAAUAAAUCCAUUUCUUAGAUAAAUUAUAAAUGCGAGAAUGUCUUUUAUGUCACGGAUAUAGAUUGCAUCCUGAAGGGAUAAGGAAACACGGCAUCCUGGAAAAUCCGCGACCAUUUACAUACUAUUUCAAUUAUUUGAAUUGAGUAAGCACUAUUUAAUUUUAUCUGUGGUAAAAGUACUCUACCAUGUUUGCACCGGUUUACUUUUGGUGUACGCUGGUCUAUAAGAUCUACAGAAUAUAAUAUAUAGGUAUGAUAUAAAAUAUUAUUAAUAAUAUAAAAUGUUUAUUAAAGAUCUGGAAGUGUCCAAUAGAUGUUUCUUUGCUAGGGGCGCAGUUUGACGUUUUAAUUAAAGUUAAUUAUCAGUUAAACAGCUAUCCUAAUAAAAACAGCAAUUAAAGAAGAAAUUUAAUAACUAGGCCCUUCAUUGCGGUAUCGAUAGUGAAUCGUCUUAUUUCGCCCUAACGUAAACUGAACCUUAUGAUAAGAGCAAUUGAAUUAUCAUUCCAUAAAACGAAAUUUUAAAUGCCAUGUAUUUGUUUAGUAUCAAUUAUUUGUAAUUGUACAUCUGUUACAUUAACUCAUAACAUUGUACACUGCAUCAUAGUCGUGACUAUCGUACUCUGAUAAUUUUGACUGGGCCUGGCACUGAACAAGCGUGCGCGCGGGCUGGGUGCCUCGGACGCGAGCCUGGUGUAAAAACCCAUAGCACGGGCUCUCGCCCCAGGGCACCCCGCACGUAAGUCAAUAUUAUUGACAACAAAAUCUGAAUAUUGUCAAUAAAAUUGCCUGUGUGUGGGUAGCCUUUCUGUGACUACCAAACCGUGGCAUCCAUUGCGUCGUUCAAGUUUGCGACCAAUCAUAAACGCGCGCGUUCUAGCAAGUCUUGCGAUUGGUCACUCACAGAACGCAAACUUUAACGCCGCUAUGGACGUCGCGGUGUGGGCCCCGCUUUGGCGCUGCUGAUACUAUUACCACAGUAAAUACACUAUACAUGAAUACAUAUAUAAGCUUAAGCAGUAUGGAAACUAGACCCAAUGGAUAAAAUAAUUACUUACAAUCCACGCGACCUACCUAAACUAUAGUAACGCGAACGACCGCUCGUCUCGACACGGUAACCCCGACUAAAAUACUUCGAUAAUAUUGGGACUAGUAAAGGCGUGCAUCGGUGCGAGUGCGGUGUUUCGCACGUUUGUUCGUACUAUACAUACUGCUUUAAUAUAUUUACUGUGCUAUUACUCAAUAUUGAUACGCGAGCGUACGGCCCAGUUCCAGCCUACGUCCUUAAUACGGCUAGCAAGACGAAUAUGAAACUUAAGUUAAUUGCGUGCAACAAAAAUUACAGUUAUUGGUGUAAUUUUGAUUUAUAGGUACUCAUUUCUUGACUAUAUUGACUUAUUUUAAAGUAGUGCCAUCCUUCCACUGUGUUCUAUGUGGAAAAAGAAAACACUAUUUUCAGUUCUGCCAAUUUAGGUUAGUCUAAGGGAGUUGUGUACACCAGAACGCUCUAGAACUGAUUUGAUAACGUACCAAAUCGUACCAGGCUAGCAAAAUAACAGAAGUCCAGUUUAACACACCAAGAAGAUUUGAUAUGCACGUAGUACCGGUACCAUGAUCAAGCAUAUAUUUCAUAUAAUUGGCACCAGUAUCCCUUGUUUUUUUCUGGCACGCAAUUAUUUUUAAAGCUUCUAUAUCUCGUCUCAUUUUGUUUUCGUUCAUUAUCAACUUGUCAAACAGAUCGAAACCGUACCGGAUUAAAAAUGAGCAGAUUAUGCAAAACUGCUUUGCAAACAGACAUGGAACCAUAUGUAACAGAUAAAUUUGUUACAUACCCAAAAUAGGUAAAGUUUGUUUAGGAUAAAAUCUUCUUGACUGCAGCGAGCAUGCGCUUAAUUAGUGCGUCCAUAACGCGUUUCUCUGUGAAAAAACCCUGUAAUACUUUACUGUAUCUACGCUAGAAUACGCAAUUAGAUAUACUAUAAAAAUUUCACUAGUACUAUUUACCUUGUUGAUUAGGGCUUUGUUUAUUUAGUUUAACCACAAAGAAUAAGCGAAGGCCAUAUUAGGGCGUUCAACUUGCGUAUAUAUGCGACCAAUCAUAGGUCGGUUUGAGCAAGUCUUGAUUGGUCAAACAUCAUCAUUAUUCUAUAGCAGUACUGCUGGACCAAAGGCCUCUACCAACCGGAAGGUUUGCCCAUAAUUAGCAUGCUGGGCAGACGGGUUCAUGACAGUAGGUGAUAAUAGGAAACGGACUGGUCCAAAAUAGGACGUAAAAAGUACACACCACCGGAAACACAGGUUGGAAGCUGUGGUCUAGCCUUCGCUCUGAUGAUGAAACAGGUUGUUUCUUUAACUGAGCAUUCAAGUAAAGCAGUAAACAAGUCUUUUAAAACCGGUACUGAUUACACUACAUCACAGAUUAGCAUAGAUUGCGAUAAAAAAAGACCACAUAAUAAUACUCACAAUUCACAAACAAAAGUAAAUUGUUUUUUAAGCAACAUUUUUAUGUACACUAUUUAUUUAAAAGACAUCUCAUUAUAAAUACUUAUAGACGAUUGGCAUUGUAGCUAUUUCAUAUAUGUUUAUUAUUAUAAUGUAAAUCGGCUAUAUUUAGCGUGGCUUAUUCGAUUGUCGUCACUUAUUUGUUCGCUCAUUUUAUACCCAAGUAAUUUGAUGCACAAUUGGAUUUUUAAACAUCGUAAUUAUACGCCGUUUAAAUAUCAGAACGUGACAAAACACUGCGUAACCACCGCAACGCUACACCGCGUGUACUAACAAGUUAUCUGCUUUUUCUCCUUCGAACAAGGCAAUGCCUAAUCAAAGUAGAUUCCUAGGCCCUCAUUGUCUUUUACCUAUUCUGUUUUUACUAGGCAACUCAACUCCCAACUUGUCUAUGAUUGCUGCCACAAGGCGUGUUAUUUUGUCAUAUUUUUCGUAUGGAUUUGAAGAUAUUAAAAAAAAAAGUAUUUACAUUUUUUUCGUCUGUCAAGUGCCAGUUUACUUGUUUCCUUAAAUACUGCGCACCGCCGAAUUGGUUUCAUAAGUUGAGAUGGCGCCUACCUUCGUUGGUCAUCUAAGAGAUGGUGAAAACAUUUUUUUUUUCUCUUUUUUUUUGUAUCACCCAAAUCAUUAGGCAUCCGUUUUAAGCGUUAGUGAACACGGGCAUUAUUGUCUUACAAAUAAACAAGGCAUAACGUCGCGAUCGUUACGCAGAGCUUCGUCUCAUUCUGACAUUUGAAAGUAGCUGUCAGUUCUUUUUAAGAAGCGAAAUUUAUUACUUUGACGUUGUUGUUUGGUACGAAAACUUGCUUGAUAUCGAUUGCAAAUAUGAAAAAGGAAUUCUAACAUAUAUCACUGAAUUUAUAUUGAGCAAAGUUAGCGCUGGGUAUCUUCUAUCCCUUAAAAUUCCAUUUUCAAAUUCGCAAUUUAUAUAGGGUAAGCCUUACCCUAUAUGCCACUCACCUUUAUCGUUAUCGUUAUCGUUAUCUUUACCUUUACCGUGUACGUUUAGUAUACUUGCGUUUGGGAUUUCAUUGUAUGGUUUAAUAUUAAAAAUAUGCAUGUAAUAUACAUUGUAUGGAACCUGUAAGACUAAAUUAUUUACGAUACAUAUUAUAUCAAGUUCGUUUUUUUUAACCUGUCUUAUUAAUCAAUUUGUUACUUCAGUGUAAAAUAUUUUAAAAAUUAUUAAUUAUAAAUAAUAUUAAGAUCAUUUAAUUUAAAGCAUACUUAACUCUCAAAAGUACUGAAAAUAUUGUUUAAAUUAAAAGAACGGUAGCAGAACAUAGGUAAACAUUCUCUAACUACAUUGUUAUCUUACUCUGUGAAGUUGCUACUCUGUCAGUACUAAGAAAUAUAUAUUAUAUAUUUGUAACAUGGCUAGCUUCUGUUACCUAGCCGGACAUGUGAUAUUCCAGUAGUAUUAGUGUUUUUUUUUUUCUUUUUUAAUUUGGUUGGGUUUGAGGUUAAUUAUGAUUAUUAUUCGUCACUUAUAUUAAUUUGCUUACACGUAGAUUCAAUAACGACAACUCCAAUUAUUGUAUUAUAUUAUACAAAUAAAUAAAUGUUAUUGUGACACUUUACAA